AUACGGAACCGGACUUGGUUAAUUGGAGGCAUAGGUAUCUCUGCCCCGUGCAAAUUCGAAAACGAUACCGUUCUAACUUCAAACCACGACCAUUCUCUGCAAUCACAAGCUGCCGACGCCAUCACCACCACCGAGACCACUCCCUUCCAAGGUCUCCAUGACCGUUGUUUACCGCCACCGCCAAUGUCGUCCUCCACGGUCAACCACCCCACUAUAUCGAUCACGGUAUCAGACGAGGAGUCUGACGACCGCUCUCGUCUCCUCCGGGCCCGACGAAAGCGCCGUAAACAGCAUUCCCUAAGCUCUCGGAGCAAGACGAAUAAAGAUCUCCUCGUCAGGGCUCUGAGGAAAGUGGUCAGAUGGUGGCCCAUCAUUCUGUUCGUGCCUGCAAUGGGGCUGCUCCUUUUCGAGGUGUCGAGGGUUUUCGAGAAACAACCGGAUCCAUCGGUUACAUUGGUCCCGAGUUUCGGGAGGAAGGUUUCGGUUGGGAACUUGAACCGGUCGGACCCGAGGACGCGUGCUGUUCAUGGAGGCAGAGAGCGUUGCUUAAAGAUUUUGCCACCAGAGGAGCUUGAACAUCUGGAAAUUCCUUCUGUGGAAUCACCAAGUUUUCCUAUUGAUAGAAUAGAGUACGUCUCGGAGACUGAUGGAGCUAACAUUCACAGCAACGCUGACCUUAUUCAGCAUCAUACUAAUGCUACGCGAUUUAAUUUGUUUACCGGAUACCAAACAAUUCUUGAGAGAGAGCAGAGCUAUAAGGUGAAUGAAACUGCUGUGGUGCAUUGUGGUUUCUACAGUGAAAAUGGGGGGUUUAAGAUAACUGACGAGGACAAGAGGUACAUGCAAAGUUGUGAAGUUGUAGUGUCUACUUGUGCAUUUGGUGGUGGAGAUGAUCUAUAUCAACCUAUUGGAAUGUCAGAGACAUCACUUAGAAAGGUUUGCUAUGUGGCAUUUUGGGAUGAAAUUACACGCAUAACUCAGGACUCAGAGGGGCAUAUAAUUGGUGAGGACCGAAUGAUUGGUAAAUGGCGAAUUGUGGUUGUUAGGCAGCUCCCUUUUAUGGACCAACGGUUGAAUGGUAAAGUCCCAAAGAUGUUAGGGCAUCGAUUAUUUCCUCAAGCUAGGUAUUCAAUUUGGGUGGAUUCAAAGUCUCAGUUUCGGAGAGAUCCCUUGGGUGUUUUGGAAGCACUUCUUUGGCGUACGAAUUCUGUGCUAGCAAUUUCAGAACAUGGAGCUCGCAGUAGUAUCUAUGAUGAAGGCAAGGCUGUGGUCAAGAAACACAAAGCUGCCCCAGAAGAAGUUGAGGUGCAGCUGUCUCAGUACCAUCACGAUGGCUUUCCUGAUGAAAAAAGGUUCAAUGGAAAGAAAGCUUUAGCUGAAGCUUCUGUAAUUGUGAGGGAGCACACGCCUUUGACAAAUUUGUUUAUGUGCCUCUGGUUUAAUGAGGUGGUUCGUUUUACUUCACGUGACCAACUCAGCUUCCCUUAUGUGCUGAGGCAGCUAAGAGUGCUGAAGAAUGUAAAUAUGUUCCCUGUCUGCACCCGUAAGGAUAUGGUGAAUAGCAUGGGCCAUACUCGCAAAGCUAGAUCUCAAAAAAUUUGAUAUUUCCUCUUGAUAAGGUUAUUCUCUAAUUUCCAUUUGUUUAACUAGGCUCUACAUUUUGAGCAAUUUGUAGAUAAUUGUAUCACUGAAUAAAGUUACACUCACAUAUCUUCAAUGUUUCACUUUUCUGGUUUA